AUGUUUCAGUCCCAAAGUUUCAGUCCCAACCCGAUUCGUCCAGACCUUGUUCCAUACACCCCCCAAUCCACUACGCCUCCCUCCGUUAUCCUGCCACCUGUCUGUCCAUCUUUCCACAUGUUCACCAGGUCCAGGCAGGGGUCCGCGCUCCCCCCCUGGCUCGCGUAUCGCCUCUCUCAACUCGUUCCUCCCGGCUCGUUCCUUCACUCCUCUUACCACAGGCUACGACAAAACCUCGCCUCCUCGCGCCGCUCCCAGGCCGCCGCCGUCUCCGUCCUCGCUAUAGUCAUCCUUUUUAUCAUUGUCGCCCUGCUGCGAUCCCGCCCCCCCGCCGACACCCGGCCGAUCGAGGAGCGCGAGAACUGGCGAACAGAGGCGAACCGCGCGUGUCUGCGGAAAAAGGAAUGGCGGCGUCCGCUGUGUUGGCGCACGGAGGGCAUCGUGUGGCACGUGCGCCAGUUCGAAAUCUGGAAAGUCGUCGCGUGGGAGGCGGCAACCACCGCCGCCGCUGACGCUGCUGCUGACUCAGAAACAGCCUCCGGAACCGGCGGCGGCGGAAGCGGCGAAACCGGUGGAGAAUCAGCAACAGCGGGUUCAGCAUCAACGGCUGUAGCGGGAUCGGCUGUAGCGGGCGUGCUGCCGUCGUCAGCCGUGACCGUCCCGAUGAGCCAGAUCGACCUGGGGAUCCUCAAGAGCCCCGCGCUCGCCGCCAAAUGGACGGCCGGCACGAAGCCGGCGCCGGACGGGCUGCUGCACGUGCUGGUGGACCAGUUCCCGUGCGCCGCGCACGGCUGCUGCGCCAUCCACUGGCAGCUGCGACCUAAUUCCACCGACCUGCUCUCGCUAGGGAACCACUUUGUGCGCUUCGAGUACUCCGCGCUGCUUAAGAUUCCGAUCGAGCCGAGGUAUAUUUUAGACGCGGGCGGGACGGGGAUGGCGGCGCUGGCGUUCGCGCUGCUGUACCCCGACGCGCUGGUGGUGCGCGUGGAGCCCGAGGCGGAGAACUUCCGCGUGGGGGUGGUGAGCAGCGCGCGCGUGGGGAACAUCGUGCACGUGCGCGCCGCGCUCUGGGACCGCAUCGCGCCGCUCUCUCUGUGCGAAUCGCAGUCGGAGCUGCCCGGCGAUGCUGACUGGCCGUUUGCAAAUUCGAGCCGGCAGUUAGGGUUUGUGACAGAGGAAGGCGGGGAAAGCGGAGGCGGAGGGGGAGGGGGUGGCGGAGCGGGGAGUGGCAAGAAGAAGAGGGUGAAGGAAGCGAAGCGGACAAGGUACCAGGAAAGUCUGGUGGGAGCCGGGCCGACAUGUGAAGGCAGGGUGAGAGGGCACGUGCAGGGGAGUACACUCACAGCAAUCAUGGCAGCGUACGGAAUCCCGAGAUUUGAUCUGGUGAAGAUGGAUAUCGAGGGGGCGGAGCGGAGGGUGUUUGCGCACAAGCCGUCGCUGAGGGUGCUGCGCGGUGUGCAGGUGUUUAUAGGCGAGUUGCAUGAAGGGGGGGGCGUGUGCGAGGGUUGCAAAGGAACGGUGCUGCGGAAUUUUGAGCGGUGGGGAGGGUUUAAGAAGUUUGUGGAUGGGCGGAAUGUGUUGAUGCUGAGUCGAGACCUGUUCUCGUGCUAG